AUGGAUUUUGAACGUUUAAACAUGUCGAGCGAUGAAGAUCCAUUAGAAACAGAAGUACAAAACACCCGAAAGAAAAAGACCAUAUUGGGAGGCGCAGUUCUAGGCGCAGUUCUAGGCGCUUGUGUUGUGGCAACAGUCACCUGUGUAGCGGUGCUUCCCAAGGAUAAAAGCGGCGAUGAUAAUGAUUAUUGUGAAGUAAUAAUAACGAAUCGAUUGUCACCACUUCUAAUAGAACCAGGAACUACUACAUUAAUGUAUCCAGCGCCUGGAUCGAAUGCAAUACGAUUUUCUUCCGAACAAUCCGUCGAAUUCGCCUGUCCUGGAAAGAAAGUUAAAGUAUUCGACGAGGUAUUAGACAACAGCAUUGUAUCGGCAGUGUGUAGAAAGGAUGGGAGUUUUUUAAUAAAGAACUUUGCUGGAUUUGUCAAGUGGGAAAGUAUAUCGUGUUCCAGUAUUAGUGGACCUAUCAUAAGGAAAUGGAAAAAUGAAGACUUAGGUGACGAUUUUAAAGAAAACUGUUUUAAAGAAGGAACUACUAUGGGUAGUAUAGGAUUUUAUUUAAAUCAAACUCGCUAUUUAAACGCUAUAGAUAUUUGUUUUAACACUAAAACUGGUUUAGCUUUGUAUUCGCGUUACGAUUUACACGCUUCAGUUCAUGAUAGAGUACCAAAUGUUGGUAAUCCUUCUUUUCAGAUAGAUAAUUUUUUCAACUCUAAAGGAAUACUUGAUAAUGCGUUAUAUUUAACAAAAAAUAUUAGGGUUAUUAUUAAUCAAAUCUUAGGACUUGACUCUAAAGACCUAACAUAUAUUAAUGACAAAAUGUUUAUAAACAAAGGCCACCUGGCACCCAAAGCAGAUUUUUAUUACGCCCCUAUGCAACUCGCUACAUACAGAUACAUAAACGUUGCACCCCAAUGGGAGUCAUUUAACGGUGGUAAUUGGAAUGAUAUUGAAAUUAGCGUAAGAAAUUACGCGUUUGAUAAUAAAGUAGAUUUAAAAAUAUGGACUGGAUCCUACGGUAUAGCUUCAUUGCCCAAUAAGAAAAAGUUAAGUACUAAUAUUUACUUGUAUGCCACUAAGAAAGUCAAAUUAUUCCCAGUUCCUGAAAUUUUUUGGAAAUUGGUGUAUGAUCCCAAAAAGCAAAAAGCCGUUGUUUUAAUUGGUCACAAUAAUCCUUACGAGGAUAUUAGAAAACCGGUUUAUUGUAACAAAGAUGUAAAAUUAUCCUGGUUAAAAUGGGACGCGAAUAAUGUUCAAAAAGGAUAUUCAUACGCUUGCGAUUACAACGAUGUUAAGCUUAAACAAACUAUCACUUAUCUUCCAGAUAUUCCUGUGAAAGAAUUAUUAUAG